AUGGCGGGGUCUCGAACCCGGAAGAGACUGUGCAAGAGUGUUUGCAAGUGUGUACUCGCUGUACUCUUGGUUCUUAUCGUUGUCGCAGUUCUGUUUGUGGGAAGGAAGGUCAAGGCACACAGAUGCACGGACCAGGAGUCGAGAGAAACGCUCAGGAAACUGUGUGGAGAGUACACACAGAACAAGAUUACAGGAAACCUUUGCCCAGAUCUCUGCACCACACGUUCAAUACUCUAUAGGAAAUGUCUCAACUACAGGAAGGGGAAGAAGGUCAUGCUCGUAGAGUGGAACACAAAGAAGGUCAUUCUGAAGUCAAAAUACGACCGCCUACAAGAGUACAACUCAAUUGUGUCUGAAUACACAAAUGAUGAAGGUAGAACGGUCACUUCUCAACCAGAUAUGGCAACUUUUCUGAUGAUGGCGAAACAUCAGCUACAAACACUGUUUGAGGUGGGUACAACAGAUAUCACUGAGGUGGAAACUGUCCGAAAAAUGUGGCAGAUGCCGUGGGAGAAAGAAGAGACCAUGAAUUUAGUAACAAAGGAGAGCCUGUGGUCACUGUUACAGCAGGAUGAAUACCUGAUGAUGCAGUAUUUUCAAGGAAACAAACAUUUCCCCGAGAUUUACGGAUCUUGUGGCCAUUUUUAUGUGAUGGAGUAUACUCCUCCUGGUGAGACACUCAGUCCAGGGAUGUUCAACUUCAAAACUGGGAAAGAAAUCAUGUCGACAACAAACUGGGAUAAACGUGCUAAAGUUGCACUAAGCUUCCUCACAUUCUUAGAAGACUUGAAGACAUUCUAUACCGAACCACUGCAUCUGUGUGACAUAAAGCCGGACAACUAUGGGGUGUCUGCAGACUUAACCAUCCAAGCCAUAGAUGUGGACAUGGCGUUCUUCGAGAGCAAAAUGCGGGGAAUUCUGGGGCAGGAAAACUGCACGAAAAACGAGGACUGCGAUUUUUUUGACUGUGCAUCUUUCUGUGACUUGGGGCGUAAGAAAUGUUCAAAACACAGGUCAAACAACAAUUUGCAGGCCAUCUGCAAGAAGAUAUUCGUGAGGUACAGCAGUCUUCCAUUUGGUGGUUUGUUACGCUCUCCUCCUGCUGCCAUUGCAGAUCGGCUGGACAAAGCCCUCCAAGAAUGUGUCAAACCGUCAAAGACUUACAAGUACGACCAGUCACAGAAGGCGUCCUCCGAGACAUUAGAAAUAAUCAGAGAACUUCUCCAAGGUUCACUACAAAAUGAUGAGCCUAAAAGAUAGUCUAG